ACUGGCCGACGAGGACACAACACGGUGACGCACUAGGUCUCCAUAGGAGCCGAUUAGGAGGAGUGAAUCCAUCCGGGUAGUUGUACAGGCUGUGUGCCUCUUUUCCACAUUUUCUUCGUACUGCAGUAAAAGGGCACUGGGCUACCGAGUGCCAGCAAAUGCCUCGGUGCCCGUACCUACGGUGUACGUUUGAGUACAACUAUCGUGGGACUAAAUUGUGUUAGCUUCGAAACAGCAGUGUUUUUAAACAUGGCCGAUGAAACCGAGUGGGUCGUGGAGAGCAUCGCUGGAUACCUCGGGAGUCCGGAAUGGGUCGUACCAGUCACAGACUUCAUGGAACACAAAUGCACAGUGUUUGAUGACGAAGAUGAAAACAAGCUGUCGUACACGGAGAUCCACGAGCAGUACAAACAACUGGUGGAGAAGUUGCUGGACACCUACAUGCAGGAAGUGGGCAUCAGCGAGCAGCAGUUUGUCGAAGCGUGCUCGUCCCCGUUUGCCAGAUCUAAAGCACUGCAGGCCGUCUUCCAGCCAGUUUUGGCCACAGACGACUUCCAGAUGUUCAAGACCCUGAUGGUGCAGAAGAACGUGGAGCUGCAGCUGCAGGCUCUUCGAGUCAUACAGGAGAGGAAUGGUGCCCUACCGGAGUGCCUGACGGAUGGUGAGGACAUGAUGAGUGAGAUGGAGCAGGAGGAGAUUAAAAUCCUCAAGGAGGUGCUCAGGAGGUCGAAAGAGGAGUAUGAGCAGGAGGUGGCCCUCAGAAAGGUGUCAGAGAAGGAGGCUGGCUCCUCCUCAACCAGCAGCUCUGAUUGGACAGCAAUGGACACACCCCCUGUCACAGGCACACCUCUUGGCCAUGUCAUAGAGAGAGAGAGUCUGGUGAGCAGAGCUUUGGAGAGGAGUGAGGAAGUGGGCGGGGUUUCUGGCUCUCAUGUGCAGAAGAGUCCCACCCCAUUCUGUCCUUCCCCUUCUGCAGCCAAUCAGCUGUCCCGGGAGGGCAGUGGGGAUUCCAAGGUGCUGGGGCCACUGAAGGUUCCAGUCAAGGGGGCGGAGCCCAAGAUGAGUGGCAGCCAGGCUGCAGAGACCUGGUUGGAAGAGGCUCGGAAGGAGGCGGGGAUAUCAAAAUCCUUCACAGAGCUGUCGGCUGCACAGCAGGAUCAGCUCCAGCAGAGGGCGCUGUAUCUCAGGCAGCAGAGAGAUAAACUGCAGGCCCUGAAGAAGGAACAGCGGCCCAGACUUCCUGAGCAGCUCCCAGCAUCCCCUGCUCUGGCCCCUCCCCCAUCGGAAAUCUCUGUGGAAGAUAAGAAGAGUUUGGAGAGGAGGAAACGCUUGGCAGAAAAGUUAAAAGAGGAGGUUAUUAAAAAGUGAAGAGUCGGGCGUUGAGUCUGAGUGAGAAAUGUUUUUUUUUUUGCGCGCGGAUGGACAUUGAAGCACCAGGGUGAGCGGUAACACAGUCUGCAGCUGAAUUAGUCGCCACAUCACCACGGAAACACCGGCGGUUUGGGUUGUCCUGCGUGAGGUGAUUGGUGAAUGAUAUGCUUAAGCCACAUGAAAUGACCUGUAUGCUGUUUUAUAAAAAAUGCAAUUUUAUAUUUACUAUUUUCACUUGAGAUAAACUUUAAACUAGUGUAAACCAGUGUUGCCUCAUAAAACUGAAAGGCCCAUGAGUACUUUAAAACUUUAGAAAAAGCAAUUUCUUUCUGUUUUAUCUUGCAAAUGUGUACUAUACAGUUGCAGAUUUGAAUGUGACAGUAACACCACGGUGUAAAUCCAUUCUGUAAUAUAAGGUAUGCAAUAUCGUUUUAAAUCUGCAUCUUAAACAGUAUGAACACGACUAUAUUACUGUGUACGGCAUGCCCUUGAUGAGCCCCACCGUUUAAAUAUUUCAGUUAUGCAUUCUGAUAUUAUGAUGCUAAGUGACAGCACAACUUCCUGUCCAGAUUCUGGAUUUGUAUAAAGCAGUGGAAAUGCCACCAUGUGCACAGUGCCAUGAAAAAGUAUUUGCCUCCUUCCUUAUUCCUAUAUUACUGUAUUACAUAUUUGUCACACUGAAUGGUUUCAGAUCUUUAGAAAACAUAUAAUAUUAGACAAAGGGAAACCAAGUGAACACAAAAUGCUUAUGUAAAAUUAUUUAUUUAAUGUAAGUUAUGGGUGUUUGAAAACUUUUUCAUUAAAUAAAGUAAUAAUUAAAAAAUGUGUUCUAUGUUUACUCUGUCCAUUCUGUCUCCCUUUGUCUAAUAUUACUUUUUUUCCUAAAGAUAUGAAACCAUUCAGUGUGACAAAUAUCCAAUAAUAGAGGAAAUCGGGAAGGGGACAAAUGCUUCUUCGUGGCACUGUAUAUAGCAGUGUAUAUACGGUGUCUGGUACCAUAAUUUACAUGGGAACAGCUGUUCAGCAGCAGAAACAUAGUGAUUCUCAUGUUGUCCUGUGUUUGGUAAAUAAAAAAUCGAUAGCGGCAGUUAGACAUUUACAUUGGUGACAUAUUGCAAUGCUUUUAACGUGUGUUCAGUUAACUUGCCAGCAGCAUGCAAGGGAGUAUUUGAAAAUGUUGUAUCUGACUUAAGUUUAAAUUAAUUUAAAUGCACUUGGAAAAUUUUCAGCAGGGAAUUUUCAGUCGUGUGAUAAACUGUUGGCCAGAAGCCAAAUCAGCCUGACAAAACAAUCCUGAGGAAAGGUGAUAGUGAGUUAGUGUUAGUGAGCUUGUCAAAUGUAGCUUCUCCAAACUUCAUUUUAGACACUUAGAAAGCGUUAAGUGGGCUGUUCUCCCAAAAAUAAAAUGGCUGUAUUUCCACUAACCUGGAGUGCUGCCUAUCCAUCCAGAUGGUUUUCAUGAGUUCUCUGGACCAUGAUACAAUGGACCUCAAUGGUGGGCCACAGUGUCAACAGUGUUAAAACAAGAUGAACAAACAGUGUUUUCAAACAAUGUUGAUGAUGUAACCCAGACUACCGGGGUGCUUUGGCUGAGAAACUGUGCACAACAUGGUCUGUAGAUGUUUGUGAGUGACCGCAUCAUUUUAACAUAACUUAAUAUAACAAUGAGUACAAGCCAUUCAGCCCAACAAUGCUCGCCAUUUUCCUAACUAAAUUGUACUUAGGGCUCUGAGUUUCUGCCUUUACUAUACAGUAUGACUUGGUGGGCUAUUCCACACAUUGACUACUCUCUGCAUCAAAAAAUGCUUACUAAUGUCCUUGCAGAAUUUACCUUUUGCUAAUUUCUAUUUACUUCUACUCGUUCUACCGUAACCAAAUUCAACCUGAAGAAUCUCUUGUAGUUCACUUUGUGACUUUUAAAUUCAUAAAGGAGACUAACAAUCACAUCAUCCCAUAGUCUCCUUUUACUGAACUUGAAGAGAUGAAGCAUCUUGAGUCUUUCCUCAUAGCUUUUAUCUUUCCUACCAGGAAUCAAUUUGGUUGCCCUUCUAGCACUGUGCCUAGAACUUGAUAGGGUUUGUUCAAUUAUAUUUGAAAAGUGACAUUGCAAGAAAACCCAUCAAAUCUCGGCUGAACUAUGGAUAGAUACUAAGCACUCCAGAUAAGUGAAAAUAUAGUUAUUUUAUUUUUUGCUGAACUAUUGAUUGUAAGUAGAUGGUGCCAUAUGUUGGGGGGAUGGGGUGUAGGCCUACUGUGUGCUUCAAACCAUGGCCCUUGCUCGGUGUUCAAUACAACAAGAAAUGCAAUAAACUACUGAAGAC